AUGUCAAGUCAAGGUUCGUCGUUCAACUCAUCCUCCCUCGCUCUGUGUCAUGUUUGCUUUAAGCAUUUUAAGCUGAGGCAGGAUGGAACGUUUGUCAGACAUGGUGGAAAGCAAUCACGUAGCAAGUUCGGUCAUACUUUGACCAAUGUUUUGAAAGCUCUUCUUGAUCAACCUUCAAACACAAUUUCGUGGUUCAAACUAUUAUUCCUACCACGCUUGGUUCUCCGUAAAAAGCCCCGCGGAGGCAGAUGCCACAACAUCAGCGUCAAAAUCAACAACAGACUGGACGCUUUGACAAAAGGCCCAUUUAAAGAAAUGGUAAAUGCAUUUGAAACUGACUCAGAAGUUAACAGGAAAAAUGCUCGUCAGCCAAAGUUAGGUGCCCUAGUCAAGUGUAAAAUGGAGCAAGGCAACACCAGGAACGCCAUGAAAAUAUUAUCAUCAACUGAUACAAUGGCUCCAAACUCGGUUGACACACUUGAUACCAUGAAAGACAAAGCACCCCGAGCCUCCGCCCAUAGGAAAACAAGGCCCGGUAAAGGAACUACAAGUGGCCUCAUCCACCGCACAACGCCUGAUGCUUUUUUUGGAAAGUUUCCCAAAAGAAACAUCCGGGGAAAGGGAUGGGCCGUCAUUUUUAGGGGUAAACGUCAUGACGACUUUUGGGUCAAAAAAUUAGAUGAAUUCAAAUAUGUUUUAUCGAUGAUGGUGCACAUCAGUAAGCAUGAUGCCCUCAUCCUUUUGACCCAAGCUGCGUUUAUCCCGAAAUUUUCUUAUUUUUUAAGAACUUCCCCUAGUCCGUCAAAACAAAUUUCAGAUAUGUUCGAACGCGAACUUCUUAUGGGGUUUCAAUCCAUUUUAAACAUAUUAUUUGAUGAUAAAGGCUGGUGUCAGGCUGUUUUGCCCAUUUGUAUGGGCGGUUUGGGCAUCGUGGCUGAUUUGGCACCGUCUGCUUUUUUGUCGUCUGCCGAGGCCACGGCGAUCCUUCAAAAUAUGAUGUUGCCAGUAGAAGGCCAGGGUUAUAUGAAGACCACUUAA